GUCAUUAACUUAGCUAUAAACAUGACUGAUGCUGAAUUUGAAAAUGACGUUUAUAUAAAAAAAUUUAAAAAUAGUUUUAAAUAUGAAGAACCACCUGAUGUAACUUGUACUAAAAUAUUUUCCGAGGAAGGAACGUUCUUGAAGUUCACAGUUUUAUUUUACCUUAAUGAAAAAUGCAGUUGCCAAAUGAAAAUCAAAACACCUCUAGAGGAUCCAGGAACGUUACACCCACUCUCUUUAAAGAUAAGAUUAACAAAUAAAGAGUUGGAGCAUGAAAUUCAACCUUGCAUUAAUUAUUUACAAAGACAAAGAUGCCCUGACUUUGUUGUAUGUGUCCUUCAAAAAGUUGUGAAUUUGUAUUCUCAGCGAAGCAUAAUCAUUAAUAUGUUGAUGAGAGAAUUUGAAGAUCUCAUUACUAUUAGUAAAGAUGAUGAGAAUGGCAUAGUAAUACACUGUGCUUUUAGAGAAAAAUUGUUUUUCAAAUCAUCUUGGAAAAUUAGUUGUGAUAUUUACAUUGGUUGUCCCUUUGAUAAUUUAGAUUUUGUAGUCAACAGAAGAGAUAAAUAUUUCUACAACAGUGUAGUAACGUAUAUGAAAUUACUGACACAAGUUGCAAUUGCUUCUGAAAAAAAAUUGCUUUUUUGGAGAAACAUAAUGAAAGAAGUAGAGACAUUUCUUGCAGUUAAGUCAGAGAUUGAAGUAGUUGAUAUUUCUGAUGAUACUGAGACAGUAACAGGUCCUAUAAUUGAGAAUCGUUGCAAUAACUGUACAGUAAAUGAUAUACCAGUUAUUGAGGUAGAGAGUUCUGAUUCUGAUGAUAACACUGUUCUUAUUGUUGACUAGAAAAAAUGAUAAAGUUAAUAAUUUGUGCUCUUAUUUGGUUACACUUUAUUUUUUCCUUAUUUAAAUGUUAAUAAAGAUUAUAUUUUUCUCUUACAAGUUAUAAGAAAACUAUGGUCUUCUAUAACAUAAGAUACUUACUAUUUUUAGAAUACAUCUUUUUCAUUUACAAUUAGCCAGCUACUUACUGGUCAUAUUACAUUUUUAUAUAUAAAUACUACAUUAAUUUUU